AUGGAUUACGAAAACGAAUCUAAUUUGGCAAAUUACCCAAUGAUGCCCCCAAUUCCUUACAACUAUCUUACUGGCUAUUAUUCCAAACCAAGAUACGUACCCUUCUGGCCUGUUAAUUACUCCAAUCCAUACUUCCUUGAGUAUGGUGAUGAAGAUGAAAAGACCAAAACCGAUAAAAAGAACUCCGAAAAGAAUAAAAAGGACAAACUCAGGUUCUUCAAAGUCCAAAUCUCAAAUUACGAGGAAAACAUAACUGAUUCCAAUGGCGAAACAACUACAAAGAGAGCUGAGUUGCCUAUUUUCUCCUUUCCAUACGAAAGCUCUAAAAACUUCAAUUCCUUCUUAGAAGCAUUGAAGGGCGCUUAUUCUGAGAUUCAACCUUUGCUAACUCCUGAAAACAUCUCCAUUUUUAUUCAAGAAGAUAACGCCAGUGUUUUGCCUAGUCAUUGGGAAUCUUUUAUCAAGCCUGAUAUCAAUGUCUCUAUUAUCUUAAAGAAAAAGUCUUUGCCAAACAAAGUCAAGACAAUGAAAACUCCUCAUGGCUACUACUACGAUCCAAAGAUCCCAACUUAUCUCUACAACAUUAAAAAGAAGAAGUAUUUUAAAAUUAGUGAUGAAUAUAAAAAUGUCAUAUUCAAAAACUAA